AUGGCCUGCCAUGUGUGCACUAGAGUCGGAACCGCUACCUCCGUUGUUGACCACCAGACUGUCAAUGCAGAGUUUGUGAGUUCUCUCCCGCCCCUGGGACCCGCUACCUCCGUUGUUGACCGCCAGACUGUCAAUGCAGAGUUUGUGAGUUCUCUCCCGCCCCUGGGAUCCGCUACCUCCGUUGUUGACCGCCAGACUGUCAAUGCAGAGUUUGUGAGUUCUCUUCCGCCCCUGGGACCCGCUACCUCCGUUGUUGACCGCCAGACUGUCAAUGCAGAGUUUGUGAGUUCUCUCUCGCCCCUGUCAUUCGGACCCGCUACCUCCGUUGUUGACCGCCAGAGCGCCAAUACAGAGUUUGUGAGUUCUCUCCCGCCCCUGGGACCCGCUACCUCCGUUGUUGACCGCCAGAGCGCCAAUGCAGAGUUUGUGAGUUCUCUCCCGCCCCUGUCAGUCGGACCCGCUACCUCCGUUGUUGACCGCCAGAGUGUCAAUGCAGAGUUUGUGAGUUCUCUCCCGCCCCUGUCAGUCGGACCCGCUACCUCCGUUGUUGACCGCCAGAGUGUCAAUGCAGAGUUUGUGAGUUCUCUCCCGCCCCUGUCAGUCGGAGCCGCUACCUCCGUUGUUGACCGCCAGACUGUCAACGCAGAGUUUGUGAGUUCUCUCCCGCCCCUGUCAGUCGGAUCCGCUACAUCCGUUGGUGACCUCCAGACUGUCAAUGCAGAGUUUGUGAGUUCUCUCCCGCCCCUGUCAGUCGGACCCGCUACCUCCGUUGUUGACCGCCAGACUGCCAAUGCAGAGUUUGUGAGUUCUCUUCCGCCCCUGUCAGUCGGAGCCGCUACCUCCGUUGUUGACCGCCAGACGGUCAAUGCAGAGUUUGUGAGUUCUCUCCCGCCCCUGUCAGUCGGAGCCGCUACCUCCGUUGUUGACCGCCAGACUGUCAAUGCAGAGUUUGUGAGUUCUCUACCGCCCCUGUCAGUCGGAGCCGCUACCUCCGUUGUUGGCCACCAGACUGUCAAUGCAGAGUUUGUGAGUUCUCUCCCGCCCCUGUCAGUCGGAGCCGCUACCUCCGUUGUUGACCGCCAGACUGUCAAUGCAGAGUUUGUGAGUUCUCAACCGCCCCUGUCAGCCAUUUUGGUCAAUGGUGUCUUCGGCCAUUUUUGCUAACCGUCUGAUUCAAGAGUUAAGGGCAGUUUUCAGCUACCGACAAAUGCAUGUACAUUUAUUGCUGUGUAACCACUAAGGUAGGCUGAGAAUGCGCUGGAUAGUGAAUGAGUACUGACAACCGCCGUUUUAUGACCGAAAUGUCGUUAUAUGUAGCGUAAAUACAGACACCAUGUUUCAAGCGACUUUAAUUUUGAUGUAUAAGAGUCGAUCGACCGUCUUCUUGGGACAGUAUUUGUAACGGAAGAUUUUUUUACGUUUCAGCAUCUUUGAUUAAUCGUUCAGCCUUGUGUAUUUUUUAAGUAAACUGGCAGGAUAGGUGCAUACUUGUUAGUGCCUGAGGACACAUAAAGUCGAAGUCAUGGUCAUCGGGAUCGAUAGGAUCAUUCUUUUCUAAAAUGCUCUGCCCUCGCUCCAAGACCAGAUAGAUCAAACAAUUAUCCCUGAGCAAGUUAUUUAUCAAACAAGUAAUUUAAGAACAGAAUGACAACACACAUCUUAGUGUGAUAUGAUAGUGUAGUUUUCAUUCAGUUUUUUUUCUAAGACAAGAAUAUUGCUUGAACACUAUUAAAUAAACAAAUCCUCCAAGUACAACGUCUCUGUGUAAAAAUGCUCCAUGCCGUUGUUUAUCUGUGAUACGGUCUUUUAGUUGACACCCACUACGACUUUAGGUUCAAUAUUUGCGCCUGUUAAGGUAGGCCUUUGCCUACGUGGUUUGCCUGAUAUGAAAAACUGCCAUUUAUCUUAAUGGAUGCCUGUGGCUUGGUAUGGUUGAAAGUCUUUAAAUAGUUUGUUGUUUUUGAACAACGAGUUUUCAGUCGUUCUGGGAAAACUGUUCUUAAUGCAUGUGCUUAAAAUAUCAUCUCACAUCAGACUUUAAAGUCCGCACAUGCUUUGUAAGUACGACACUUUCCGCCUUACCUGGACUUGUGUAUAGAAGAGAACUGUUCUUAAUGCAUGUGCUUAAAAUAUCAUCUCACAUUAGACUUUAAAGUCCGCACAUGCUUUGUAAGUACGACACUUUCCGCCUUACCUGGACUUGUGUAUAGAAGAGAAAUGUUCUUAAUGCAUGUGCUUAAAAUAUCAUCUCACAUUAGACUUUAAAGUCCGCACAUGCUUUGUAAGUACGACACUUUCCGCCUAACCUGGACUUGUGUAUAGAAGAGAAAUGUUCUUAAUGCAUGUGCUUAAAAUAUCAUCUCACAUCAGACUUUAAAGUCCGCACAUGCUUUGUAAGUACGACACUUUCCGCCUAACCUGGACUUGUGUAUAGAAGAGACCUCCUGUUUGUUUCAGCUGAUUAUUAUACUAUAGAAGGGGAUUAAAGUAGUGACUUAUAAAGAUUACUUACUAAAGAUUAUGUAUAAGAGACAUCACCAACAUACAAUUGCAGGUAAUGCGGAACGAGUAUUAUAUUUUUAACUUAAACUGUGUCACAGGCAAUGAUGCCCUUACGACAUAUUUUUGGUCGCAGACAAGUGCACUAUUCUAGUAUAUGAUACGACUGACAAAACGGCCAUAAUUCUGCAUAACCACGUUGCAGCAACGUUUCCUUUCUUAACAAUCAUGUACACAUACAGGUAUUUAAACUACAGUUUGAUCACAAUCCGCAGAGCAAUUAAAGAGGAGUUGAAAAUACCGCAUUUAAUUACUAAAUAUUCUAUUGAUGAAAAAAAUAACAAGGAGCCAUACAGCCAAAGCGAUCAUGUACACGUUAAGGUCAUUUAACUGUGAAUGUUUAAGUGACGUUCAUGUAGUAGUUAAGGAGGAGUUGAAAACAAAGAGCCAUAAUAGUGCCGACAUUUGUUGCAGCCACACGUCCUUUCUAUACGAUCAUAUACACACUGAGGUGAUUCAUUUGUGAAAGUAUAAGCGAGAUUAACCCAGUAGAUCAAUAGGAGUUGAAAACACACAAUUUACAUGUAGUCUAUAGCGGAAAAACAGACAGAGGGCCAUAAUUCUAACGCAGCCAAAAUAACUUUUACGACCAUUUAAAAAUUGAUGCAUCACGUGAAACGUCUCAUUAUGUAGAUACUCUAAAUUGCAUGAUUAAUUUUGUUUAUUCGCGAGUUCAGAUCACACUGUGUAGGUGUUGCGUAAAAAUCUGUUUGGUCUUAUUACGUGUUUCUUAAUGCUUUGACUGUGCUCAAUAUUGCUAUUCUAAAUAGGUAUUUACAGAUAGAGGGCAAGUGUUUUCUUGCAACAUGCGCGUAUAAUAGACUGUCAAAUUCUAAUUAUAAUUUUAGUUGUGUUUUGGCAACUACUUGUAAACGAAGAUUUGGAGUCUAAUGCCAAUUAAAUGAAAAUAAAUUGAUGUUGCACAAAUGCACUAAAUAUUAUAUUUACGUCUCUAGCACUUUGUCUAUUCAAGUGGUUUAUUUAUAUAUACAACUACUAUGUAUACAGAACUGGGUUUUUACCUUAACUUAACUUAUAGAACUUUACUUACAAGAUUACAUGAACUCUGAUCUGAAUAUAGAUGAUGUCGUGUUAUUAUUAUUUGCUGAUGACUUUGCUAUUUUAGGCAAGUCACCUGCUCAAGUUCAAUCACAUUUGGAUAAGUUAUUUUUAUAUUGCAAUUCUUUGGGGCUUGAAGUUAACAUUGCAAAUACUCUGCUUCGGAAGAGGGAUGGAUUUAAAUAAAAUGAUAAAUGGACAUACAAUUGUAAUGUCCUUGUUGUGGUUGAUAUUUUUUAACUAUUGAUGAACAGUGUUGAAUUAAACAGGAUUUUUUUUAUUUAACCAGGAUCAUUUGGUUGGUAAAGCCAUUAAGGCAAUGAUGACACUAUUGUUUAAAUGCAAUUAUUCUGAAAAAAAUAAAAUAAUAAUGUGUCCGUUUUUUAAAACUCUUAUGUGGGUUCUUUAUUAAAUUAUUCUUGAGAAGUUACAAAGUCAGAUGAUAUUUAACCUUACAUCGAACAUUUUGCAAACGAUUGUUACAGGUUAAUAUAAAUACAUGUUAUGUUGCUGGUAAUGCUUUAUUUUGUGUAAGAUUAAGAGUCUCUGCACAACCGUUGAGAAUCCAAACUGGCAGACACGCUCAGAAUAACAUUCUACGAAAUUCUACGAAAUGUACAUCAUUGUCUAUGUUGUAAUGACUUCAAUUUAGAAGAUGAAAAACCAUAUUAUAUGUUUAUGCCGCUGUUUCACUGAGUUAUGUAAAAAGAAAAAAAAAUCAAUA